AUGUUCAACGUCAAGCGGCUCUUUCUCGCCGCCUCGCUGAUGGUGGGCGCUACCAUGAUGUUUGCGCAGCCCGCUGAAGCCGCCAAGGGGCCCAAGAUCACCCACAAGGUCUAUUUCGACAUCCAGCACGGCGACGAACCCCUUGGACGUAUCGUCAUGGGUCUCUACGGCAAGACUGUCCCCAAGACGGCCGAGAACUUCCGUGCCCUGGCAACGGGAGAGAAGGGGUUUGGCUAUGAGGGUUCUACCUUCCACCGCGUCAUCAAGCAGUUCAUGAUCCAGGGCGGCGACUUCACCAAGGGCGACGGCACCGGUGGCAAGUCCAUUUACGGUGACAAGUUCCCCGACGAGAACUUCAAGCUUAAGCACUCCAAGAAGGGCCUGCUCUCCAUGGCCAACGCGGGCAAGGACACCAACGGCUCGCAAUUCUUCAUCACCACCGUCGUCACAUCCUGGCUCGAUGGCCGCCACGUCGUCUUCGGCGAGGUCCUCGAAGGCUACGAUGUCGUGGAGAAGAUUGAGAACGUCGAGACCCAGCCGGGCGACAAGCCCACGAAGACGGUCAAGAUCGUCAAGAGCGGAGAGCUGGAGGUUCCCCCUGAAGGUAUCCACGUUGAGCUUUAA